GACAGAUCACUGAUUCAGUCAUCGAUCCUUUUAGUCCCCGUUUGUUGUCAUUGACGUGGGCACCGGGAUGGCGAUUGCGUGACUAUUCGCCUCUGCUUCAGUCUCCACAGGCGAGGCUCAGCUCGUACUGGAGAUCACCUCGUAUUGCUGCUCCCUGCUCUCUAAGGCCCAGACAAUCUGCGUGUCUCAUUCUGUCGGGCUUCAACUGGAUUGAAGGGUGUUGACAGUUUGAGUGUUUUCUUCCAGGAGGUACAGAUAGCCAUCAGCACACUGCACAAGUAUUAUCUGCUGUAUAUAUAGUUGUAUUCCUGGCAAAUCGUGAGACGUUCUCUGUAGCUUGACUAGCCAGCAUACUCUGUCGUUGUUGCUUCAAAAUGCGUUACUCCUUCACACUCGCUUCUUUGGGCCUGAUCUCCUCAGCUCUGGCCAUCACCAUCACUACUCCGUCAUCAGAUACGGAAUGGGACUUUUCCACCCCGAAAACCAUCAAGUUUACCAGCGACUCCAGUGAUCCUGAGUAUAUCAGUAUCAUCCUGCGCAAUGAAGAUGGCUCCUUUCAGACCAAGUUGGCGGACAACGUGAAGACCUCCGAGGGGGAAUACACCACUCAACCCAACCCUAGCAUUUCCAACGGAGAUGACUACGAGAUCCAGAUCAUUGAUUCAUCAGGGCAGCUCGCCGUAAGCCCGGUGUUCACAGUCGAGAAGGGUGCUUCGAACGAUGGUACGAGUACCGCGGCUUCGUCGAAGGCUACGAUCACUACCGCAUCCUUGGCGUCCAGCUCCAACUCGACCAGCACUACCGCGACUGCCGCCGCGCAGCAGUCGGUCGGUGCCGCGGCGUCUACCGCCGGGACUACCAAGGGGGCGCUGGCUCUGCUGGGUGCGGUGGUCGCGCUCUUCUACGCCUGACGCUGAUGAGAUGCAAGAUUAUUGAAGCGUGCAUGCAUGCGCUCAUCUCCGUGCUACGGGCGAAGGGGGUUGAAGGACUAGGCUAUUACGAUCGCGGAUUCUGUUAUGCUUCACACGGUAGUUUCGAUAGACAGUUAGCAAAUUGAACAUGUUACCAU